CACACGUGGACACGGCGAAAUAGAAGCUACAAGAGGGCCUACCUGUUGUAUAGAUGAUUCAAAGUCUGCAGGCAGUAGACGGAAGAGCAGAGUACCUCACCCCUGAUUCCUGACCCGUCUGCCGCAUAUGGCCUCGCUGCCGGCCAUCUUGAGUGCUGCAUCACGUGUGGUUGCUGCAGCAGUAGCACAGAAAGAGACUUGACCAAAACCUAUAGCUACUCAUAGCUACUCAUAUCUACUAUUAUUCGAUUUAGCUCCAGGUUCAGGCUGCUGCUUAUGCGCUUAGCUCUAGCUCUUAGACUUAUUGCUCAUCAUGUCGAGUGAGCAAGCAGGCCUUCCAGCUGAAGAAGACGAAGUCAAUGAGCUCGCCUACACCUCACAAAAGGAGGCCAUGCUCUUUCUCAUUGACAUCUCUCCCUCAAUGCUCAAACCCAAUGACAAAGGCACUUGUGCCGCACGCACAGCGCUUGAAUGUGCUUACUCUGUCAUGACGACAAAAGUCUUUUCCGCGCCAAAUGACAUGAUUGGCGUUGUCCUAUACAAUAGCAAGACGUCGCAGCUCGACAAGGACAAGAAGUACUCGACAGUAAGAAAAGAACACAUGCACCUGCUUGUUGAUUUGGACGUGCCCGGUGCAGACCUCAUUCGCGUGGUGCGAAACUUGCUCAAGGAGCCAAACCAAUUCAACGAAGUGUGUCAAGCAAGUGAAGAGCGCGCCUCGCCUGCUGAGUUGAUUGAGCUCGCUAGAGACAUCUUCCAGAAUCAAGCACCACGAUUCAACUUUAAGCGCUUGGUAUUGAUUACAGACGAUGACGACCCAAUGCGCACACACCGCGCCCUGACGCAGCAAUUCAAGACACGCACGAAGGAUCUCUACAGCCUUGGCGUGGCAAUUGAACCCAUAUUUCUCUCUAAUGACGCGCCCUUUGACUCCAUCAAGUUUUGGGAUGAUAUUAUUGAGCGACAAGAGGAAGAUGCUGGCGAACUGGUGCUCGAAGGGGAGGCAAGACUUGUAGACAUGCAGGAGACCAUCAAGGCACUCCAAACGCCAAAAAAGGCCACUUUUUCUAUUCCCAUGGAAAUAGCGCCAGGUCUAUCUAUUGGUAUCAAGGGUUACGUCUUGUUCAAGGAGCAAAAAGUCGUCAGGACAACUUUCAUUGACAAUUCUGGCGCACGUCCACAAACUGCAAAGGCAGACACAACGCUGACGUGCGAAGAUACAGUCACUGUGCUUGACAAGACACAAAUCAAGCAAGGCUACAAAUUUGGUCCUGAGAAUGUCACAUUUGAUGCAAAAGAGAUGCAGCAAAUCAAACGGAUUGAGUCGCCCGUGUUGCGCAUCAUUGGCUACAAAUCACUCGAGAAGCUUGAUUUUUGCCACAAUAUUGCCUCUGCGUACUUCAUCUACCCACAUGAAGCGACGCAUGUUGGCAGUAAGCGAACGUUUGCGGCACUGCAUCGCGUUUUGCUGCAAAAGAAGCAAUUCGCACUCUGUUGGUUUAUUCCAAGACGUAAUGCAUCACCCGUUGUUGCUGCAAUGAUGGCCUCUGAACUUGAACUCUCCGAAAACAAGAAGUCCCAGCUCAGUCCACCGGGCUUCUUCGUCAUUCCAUUGCCUUUCGCAGAUGAUCUUCGCAAUCCACCACGAAGUCGUCCCUUGCCGUCAGAGGAUUUGGCAAGCUUGUUUGGUGAUAUCAUUGGUCAAAUCACCUUGCCUGCGUAUGAUCCUGCAAAACGCUCGAACCCAGCAUUACAGUGGCACUAUAAAGCACUCGAAGCCAUGGCCUUGGGUGAAGAUGUACCACAACUGGCAGAUCAACCAGAUGAGUCCAUGCCAAACUUUAAAGCCAUCCACAAACGAGCAGGGAAGGCAAUGCUGGCGUUUGUUGAGGCAUUGGAGAUGGCGGUAGAGCAGGUGCAAGACGCUGGACCAGCAGUGCCUACGAAGCGAAAAGGUGCAUCACCCGUGGCAUCGAGUAAAAAGGCCAAACCAGGACCAGGGAGUGUGCCGAGUUUAGAAGACUUGCGAGCUGCCGUGCUGAAUGGCACACUUGGUCAAUUCAAAGUUCCUGAGCUCAAGGCAGCUCUCUCGGCGCAUGCGAGCGCCUUUGACGUCAAGCCAGCCUCAUCACUCAAGAAGCAAGAGAUGAUUGACUUUAUUACAGAAAAGUUGACUUAGCAAUAUAGUUAUGCAACACGUUCAAUGAGAUGCACACCACUAUCGGUAUCCACGACACCAGAGAGCUGUCCAGGUUCUAAUGCAAAUGCAGCAUCCUCAAAUGCCUUUUGCAUCUCUCCCCUACCAAAGAAUCCCAAAUCGCCACUUUUGCGUGCUGAUGAGCAAUCUGACUCUGUCACAGCCAGCUCACCCAGGGUAGUCAAGCCAGCGCGAAUCUUUGCCUCGUGUGCAGCAAGAAUGGUGAGUGCUUCGUCUUUCGUCCGGGUAAUGUUGGGCUAGUUGUCAGCUGUGGCAUGGUACGAAGAGUCUUACCUCUUUCCAUGAGGAUGGGCGACGUGAUCCCUGAUGCUUCACCAACAAGUGGCUCACACGAAUCUUGGCACCAUCCUGAGUCGUCCCACUAGAAGCAGCCGCUUG